CGCCCUGUUUCUGUUUCUCUCGGAAAACUUGCUCUUGAACGAAACAUCUGCAGAGCAAUUGAGUUGCUGGAAAAAUUACAGAGAAGUGGAGAAGUGCCACCACAAAAGCUACAGGCUUUGCAAAGGGUCCUUCAAAGUGAAUUCUGUAAUGCUGUGAGGGAGGUGUAUGAACACGUAUACGAAACUGUGGAUAUCAGCAGUAGCCCAGAAGUUAGAGCUAAUGCAACAGCAAAGGCCACUGUAGCUGCAUUUGCUGCUAGUGAAGGUCAUUCCCAUCCCAGAGUGGUUGAACUACCCAAAACCGAAGAAGGUCUUGGAUUCAACAUUAUGGGAGGCAAAGAACAAAACUCUCCAAUCUAUAUCUCUCGAAUUAUCCCUGGUGGUAUAGCUGAUAGACAUGGAGGCCUGAAACGUGGAGACCAGCUGCUUUCUGUAAACGGAGUGAGUGUCGAAGGUGAACACCAUGAAAAAGCAGUAGAACUGCUGAAGGCAGCUCAAGGAAAGGUUAAAUUAGUUGUGCGAUACACGCCAAAGGUCCUGGAAGAAAUGGAGUCGAGAUUUGAAAAAAUGAGAUCGGCAAAACGCAGGCAGCAAAAUUAACAUUGUAUGCAAUAACUUAAAGAGAAAAUAUAUUCCAUUUACGUUUUAUAGUUUGCUUUGUGACUCGGUUGAUCCAGUGCCUGGGCUACAAAAGACACUGUCCUUUUCAUAGAAUCGCAGAAUGACUGAGGUUGGAGGAACUCCUGGAGAUCGCCUAGUCCAGCCCCCUCCGCUCAGAGGAGGGUUAGCUAGAGCAGGUUGCUCAGCACUGUGACAAGCUGGGGUUUUGAGCGUCUCCAAAGAUGGAGACUCCAGAAGAUCUCUGGGCAACCUGUUCUAGUGUUUCGAUCUCCCU